UACACUAUUCUUCAAGUCCUUCAGUACAGUCCCACUCAGCCCUGUGCCUGACACCACGCAGCUGCAGAGAUGAAUAACCAAGGAGUUACCUAUGCAGAACUCAGUCAGGUUAAGGGUUCAAAAAGACAGCAAGUGAAAGCUAAGAGCACUAAGAGUCCCAUUUCAAAAACUGAGCAGGAAAUAACCUAUGUAGAAUUAAAUCUUCAAGAUGCUUCAAAUCUUCAAAAUGCUUCUCAUGAUCCUCAAAGGAACAGCAAGAACUCCUACUGUAAAGGAAAGCUCAUUGCUGGGAUCCUGGGAAUCAUUUGCCUUCUCUUGAUGUCCACUGUGGUCACAAUAGCUGUUAUUCCCUUUACUGAAGGAACAGAGCAGAACAAAACACUCCUGGAAACAAGGAUCCAAAAAGCUUAUCACUGUUGUCCGAAAGAGUGGCUUACAUAUGAUAACAAUUGCUAUUAUAUUAGCACUGAAAGAAAAUCAUGGCAUGAGAGUUCAGAGUCCUGUGCUUCUCAGAACUCUAACCUACUUUCCAUAGAUGAUGAAGAGGAAAUGUGUUUGUUGGAUGUCUUCAUUCAUUCUUCAUGGAUUAAAGUCUGCCAGAGAAGCCACUAUAAUUCAUCUGUGCGGCCAAAAGGCUCAUCUUUCUUUUCCAAAGGGUUGUUGGUAUCCUCAGAGAGUGACAAGGAUUGCCCAUUUUUAAAUUUUGACUCAAGAAAAUGUUCUUUUGACUCCUGUUUAGAAAGGAAAACAUAUGUUUGUAAACACCAGGCAUAUUAGCCACUUAAUUUUGGUAUAAUGCUGUCUCACCAUCUUAAAAAAUUAUAUAUAUCUCAUUUCUUUUUUUUUUAUUAAUUUUUUAUUUUUUAUAAACAUAUAUUUUUAUCCCCAGGGGUACAGGUCUGUGAAUCACCAGGUUUACACACUUCACAGCACUCACCAAAACACAUACCCUCCCCAAUGUCCAUAAUCCCACCCCGUUCUCCCAAACCCCCUCCCCAGCAACCCUCAGUUUGUUUUGUGAGAUUAAGAGUUACUUAUGGUUUGUCUCCCUCCCAAUCCCAUCUUGUUUCAUUUAUUCUUCUCAUUUCUUUAUAAGCCAAUUUUUUUCUCAGAAAUAUUUCUGAUAUUAUUUUUAGAGCAAUUUUAGAUUGACAACAAAAUUAAGCGGAAAGUACAGAGCUAGCUUACAUUGUCGCUGUAUGCACAUGUGCCUGGCUUCUCUCAUUAUCAGCAUCACUCACUAGAAUGAUUCAUUAGUUACCAACGAGGAACCUGCAGUUUGCAUCAUAAUCACGCAAAGCCCGAAGUGUACCUGAGGUUUCCCCCUUGGUGUCAUAGAACUGUUUUUCUGUCUUAAUUUUAUUAAUGUAAAUAAUAUAAAUAGUCAGAGACAAAUUAUACAUUUCUUAAGUUUUUGGUAUUUGUUAAAUCAUAAAUUACAAAUUAAAAUAUCAAAUACUGUUACUAUAAAGCUCUCA